AUGCGGCGGCCGCCACCCGCACUCCGCACCCCAGGCUUGGGGCCGCGCAAGGCCAAGCCCGCCGUUACGCUCGUCUUCGCCGCCGGGGAUGCAGUCCCUCCCAACGUUCCCCUUGGCCUGCGCCGUGCCGUCUCGGGUGCCAGUCCCAGCGAGGAGGCGCUCUCCCGUCAGCUCGACCAGGACAUGGCCGGCGAGCGCCUCGGUCUCCGAAGUAGAAGAUCAAGCGCGGCGACUCUGGCGUCUUUAAGGACAUUUUCGGCUGACGCCGGAAACACGGUCCAGGAGGAAGAGGGCGAAUGCGACGAUCAGCAGGCGGGCCCAUCCCGGCCAAGAGAGAACACGGACACUCUGCAAGUACCCUCCUGUGCCGUUUCGACAUCCACCCCUUCCGUCAUGAGCGAUGUUGAACCAACGAAACCAGAACCCCCAUCAACACCCCCACGCAAGGUGAACCCAAAGCACUCGGGCGCUUGGUUACGAUGGAACUCGCCGACGCCCACGUUCCCGAAGAGGGGCGAGAAGGGCAAGGGCAGAGAGGUGGAGUCUCUUGCUGAACCGGAUCACAACACCGACACGGCUCCUGGCCAGCGCUCCGACGCUCCGACGCCUACCCGUAAUGUUGGCACGACUUCUGCACACACCGGUGACACGCAACCUGGCACGUCAGCCUCGGCUCGUGGACCCUCGCCUUCACACGCACACGAAGACGCGGACAUUAACGACGUGUCUGGCCUGCUUGGACGCAACUCUCUGAACUCUUCCACAACCACGAAUCCAGUCUCAUCUCUUACCUCAUCCACUGCAUCAAAACCCGCAGAGUCGACAACGCUAGCUGCGCCGGCAGAAGUGACGGAGAAGGAAGUUGAGGCGCCGACACAGUCCGAUCCGCAGAGCGAUCCUCCACCGGCACCUCAACCAGAGGCGCAGUCGCAGGCUCAGCCAGAACCGCCCAAAGGCUGGCUUGAGUACGUCUUCGGUCCCAGCCGGCCCAGGGCGUCUGCGCCGGCGGCUAAGACAUCCAGCACUUCCCGUGCGUCUGCGCCCGCGUCUACGCCCUCUCGCGCUUCCACUCCCACCGUUCACCCAGCCCCCUCCACCCAAGCUAUUGCCACCAAGAACAAGGCUGAGAGUGUGGUCUCAACUUCCAGCACUUCACGGCCACCUGUCACGGCUCACUCUUCUCAUGGCCCAGCAAUGAACGGUAACGGCAACGAGCCUAACGCCAAACGCUGCAAACUCGAUCCGGAGAUCGCAUCCCUCGCUCCGUCCACGACUCCGACAAAGGCUCCCCCGACCGUCUCCAGCACGUCAGCAGCCAAGCUGAUGGCACGUGAAUCACCGGCCGCAGCAUCCCUCAAGGCUACGAGCACACGCAACGGUCGACCGGGUCACGUACCGUCCACCACGACGCAGCCGACACCCAACAUGCCCUCCGAGCCCUCGUCCAAGGCUUCCUCCGCCGCCGGUUCGGCACCGCACACGCCUGUGCGCCGCUCCAUGGACUCCACACGAGAGCCUGAUUCUCCGGCCGAUGACCCCGACUUGACGCCCAAGGCGGAGCCCAUGCAUGUCGCUGAAGUACAAGGGUGGGGAGCGUACUUCACCUCGUUUGUUUUCUCAUCGACUGUCAGCACGCCGGCGAAGCCCCAGGAACAGCCCGAGCGCCCUAAGAAUACGACGGGCCACAGCAAGGACAGCGAUGCGACCAUUGUGGAAGCCACUGAUCCCGCAGCCGAUCAGAAACCUCUUCCGACAGAAGAACUCCCUGGCCAGCCCGACGAACGCACGUCGACGCCUCCUCCUGCACACUUACCCGCCCCGCCUCAACCCGUUGCUCAAGGCAGCACCCCGUCUCCCGGAAGCAAGAACAAGCUCGCAUCCUCCACGUCGUCAACAGCCGGGUGGCUGAACUACCUCGCGUUCCGCGCGAGUCAGAAGAAGAUCACGGGGUCGACGGUCGGCUCAUCUGAGCCUCGUGUUAGCGGCGAGACGGCCCGAGAGGAAGUUAUGGACUUCGAGAACGACCCGAACUUCCCUGCGGCUGAGUCACCGACCAAAGCGGCGGCCGAGAAGGCUCUCGUAAGGAAGGAGCAGAAGGAACAGCCUGCGGCCACGCAGCGUGCCCGCGACAAGAAUUUGACUCACAAGCGGUCGCAGAACUUGUCGCAGGCCCAAAGCCUUGCACUCGAGGCACGUCGCCAGUCGAGCACGUCUUCGACGCGUAGUGGUGUGCUCGCCAACGAGCGACCGCUUGCUGCUGCAAACAAGCCCAAGUCGUCGCUCCCGCCUCCGCCGCAGCCUCCAGCGAAGCAGCCCAGCCUGCUUAUUCCCAGCUUCGAGACGACGUUUGACCGACCGCCUCGUUCCUUCCUUCCGAGGACUACAGCUGGUGGCGUGGCCACGGCUACGGGCGUUGCGUGGCGCGCACUCGGAGCUAUGAGCAGCUACGUGUACGGAGAGAAGGAGGACGCCAACAAGGAGACGCGCGGCAGAAAGGCUGGACGAGAUGUCGGCGCGGACUUGCCACGGCGCAUUGGGCUCGGAAGCGGUACCCCCGACGAUGGAUGGAAGAACGUCCGUCGCGUCGUCGUCGUAGGUGUUCACGGCUGGUUCCCCGCCAAGAUGCUCACGAGCGUAAUCGGGGAGCCCACUGGCACCUCUGUUCGUUUCGCCAACAUGAUGGGUGAGGCGGUCAAGAAAUUCUUCCGCGAGAAGGGAGUCGAUGACUCGGAGAUUCGCCUGACGCUGAUCCCGCUCGAGGGUGAGGGAACGAUCGAGAACCGCGUCGAUAAGCUUUACAAGGCGUAUCUGUCGAACCCCGCAUGGAUCAACGACCUGCGCCGCGCCGACGCCAUCUUCUUCGCGGCGCACUCGCAGGGCUGCAUCGUCACGACGCACCUGAUCUCGCGAAUGAUCGCGCAAGGCCACAUCCGCACACCGCACAAUCGUGACGCUGUCGCGCGCUGCGAGUGGGCAUUCGGACCGAUUGCCAUCGUGCCGUCCGAGGACUCAAAGAAGGGCAAGCAGAAGCUUGCGCACCUCACCGGCGCCGAAGGAGGCAGGCAAAAGGUCGCAAUGCUCGCCAUGUGUGGUGUGCACCUCGGCCCUUUCCUCCACAUCUCGACGUCGUCUGUGAUCGGGCCGUACUUGCAGUGGUUCGAGAACGCCGCUGCGCGCGAGCUGUUCGAGUUUCAAGAUACCGAGUCGCCCGUGAGCCAAGCUUACCAGCGUGCUCUUGCCAUGAUUCUCGAGAACGAGGUCCGCAUCCUGCUCUUGUCUUCGAUUAACGAUCAAGUCGUGCCGAUCUACGGAGCCUCGUUCUCAACGGCAACGCACCCACUGCUGCUGCGUGCGCUGUUUGUGGACGGUGCGUCGUAUCUGGCAGAGGACUUCAUGACGAAUCUCAUGUGCUUCGCGUUCAUGUUGCGCAACGCAGGCAUCGACGACCAGGGUCUGGUCGAGCACCUGUCUGAGGCGACGGCAGGCUCGCUGACCGGCGUCGGUCACUCGUCACCCUACGACGACCUCGGUUGCUACUCCCUUCUCGUGCAUUACCUGCUGCACGCGGGGCCGGCCGCGAGCCCGCUCCCGCCACUCAAGAUCGAGCCAUUCUCAGCAAAGGACACGAAGAACGACUUUGAGCUGCCAUGGAUUAUGCGCGCGCUCGUUGACUCACCCGAAAUCAACGACUUGUUCCCGUCUGAGGUGCGCCAGCUGAAGGAGUCGAUUGCCGACUGGAAACCGAACACGAAGGCGUUGAAGGAGAUCAAGAAGCGUCUUGAGCCCAUGGCCGGACGCAAGCGCCGCGUCGCCAGCGGCCUCUCGGGCCUGAACACCGUUAACAGCAGCACGUCGUCACUGCCCGGGCUGGUGAACGAGGCUGGCGCGGAGACGGGCAAGAAACAACCAUCAAAGCCUCAGAGCAAGCUACUUUCUAGAGCCACAGAGCAAAGACAGACGAUUCGUUCAGAGUGUGCUGCCGACGCAGCCACUCUCACUGUCCCACCGAUCACUGUAUAA